CAUUACUGACUUAAUCCCCAUCGUCAAUCAUGAUUAGGCUGGAUGAUAUUUUGGUGCAGAUCGGCGAGUUCGGGCCUUAUCAGAAAAAGGUUUUCGCCAUUGUCUGUAUGAUUGGUUUCACCGCUUCAUGGCAAUCAAUGAUCGUCGUUUUCCUAGCCGCAUCCGUGGACCACUGGUGUGCGGUGCCGCAAUGGGACGAUUUCGACUGCAGCGCCACCGGUCUCAGCGAAGAAACAUGCAUGCUCGCCAUGAAGAACGCAAGCAUCCCUGCCAACUACACGAGCGGCCACCAACUCGUCUUUGAGCAAUGCGUGAAAUACAACGUGUCUGGGGAGGCAUUCAAUCCGGAAAUCGACCCGUUCCACGACCCCGGCUGGCCGACAUCGCAAGUCAUUGAAUGCGACAGCGGAUGGGUGUACGACACAAGUCAAUACAAAUCGUCCAUAAUAACGGAUGUAAGCUACUUCCCUAAUAUAUAAACCCAAACGCGCACAAGUGGCAUACUGAAUGUAUUAAGAGAGGGGAGUAUACUUGUAAGAUUAUUUUUACAGCGGCAUCUUUUCAAUUAUAAAUGAUCUCCCUUAAAAUUAACUUUGCUCAAUAUUUUGUUUCAACAGAAUGUUUGAAGAUUUUUUCCUCUCUAACAUA